AUGUACCCGGUGAGUCCCCCGGCCGGCCCAACCCUGCAUCCGACCCCGCACCGAGGCCACCUUCCCCCGCCCGGAGAGCCAGCCGAGGCGCCGCGGCCCCCGGAGCCUGUGCCGGGCCCCGCCGCACGCCCGCCGCCCUCUGCGUCCGGCCCGCGGCCCCGCGUGGCCGUGAAGAUGGCCUUCCGCAAGGCCUACUCCAUCAAGGACAAGCUGCAGGCCAUCGAGCGCGUCAAGGGCGGUGAGCGGCAGGCUAGCGUAUGCCGAGACUUCGGUGUGCCCGGUGGCACGCUGCGCGGCUGGCUCAAAGACGAGCCCAAGCUUCGCUGGUUCCUGGACCAGCUGGGCGGAGAGGUGGGCACGCAGCGGAAGAAGAUGCGGCUGGCCAACGAGGAGGAGAUCGACCGCGCCGUCUACUCGUGGUUCCUCACGCUGCGCCAGCACGGCGUGCCCCUGUCGGGACCAGUCAUCCAGGCGCAGGCCGAGGCCUUCGCGCGCCAGAUCUAUGGGCCCGAGUGCACCUUCAAGGCCAGCCACGGCUGGUUCUGGCGCUGGCAGAAGCGCCAUGGCAUCUCCAGCCAGCGUAUCUACGGCGAGGCCGAGCCCCCGGCCGCGGGACCCGCGCCCCGGCCGCCGGUCAAGGAGGAGUCCGCGCAACCCCCGGGUGUGGAUCUCCUGCCCGACCGAGCUCCGGCCGCGCCGUCCCCUGCCGAGGGCGGCUACGGCGACGAACAGAUCUACAACGCCAACGUCACCGGCCUCUAUUGGAGGCUGCUUCCGGAGCAGGCCUCGCCCGCGGGAGCUGAGGACCCCGGGGCAGGAGGCUGUGGCCGGCGCUGGCGCGGCGACCGGGUAACGGUGCUGCUGGCCGCCAACCUGACAGGUAGCCAUAAGCUGAAGCCACUGGUCAUCGGGCAGCUGCCCGAUCCACCCAGCUUGCGCCACCACAACCAGGACAAGUUCCCAGCCUCCUACCGCUACAGCCCCGACGCCUGGCUUAGCCGCCCGCUGCUGCGUGGCUGGUUCUUUGAGGAAUUUGUGCCUGGAGUCAAGCGCUACUUGCGCCGAAGCUGCCUACAGCAGAAGGCGGUACUGUUGGUCGCCCACCCGCCCUGUCCAAGCUGGGCCACAAGGAUGCCUGCCCUGGACGAGAGCGCGAAGACUCCCAGGCGGUGUCGGCCUGAGCCACUUGGGCCCCCAGAGGAGCUGCAGACACCCGAUGGCGCUGUACGGGUCCUCUUCCUGUCCAAGGGCAGCAGCCGGGCUCACAUCCCCGCACCUCUGGAGCAGGGCGUGGUGGCGGCCUUCAAACAUCUGUACAAACGGGAGCUGCUGCGGCUGGCCGUGUCUUGUGCCAGCGGCUCCCCGUUGGACUUCAUGCGCAGCUUCAUGCUGAAGGACAUGCUGUACCUGGCUGGCCUCUCCUGGGACCUGGUACAGGCAGGCAGCAUAGAGCGCUGCUGGUUGCUGGGCUUGCGGGCUGCCUUUGAGCCUGGGCAGCAGCCUGUCCAUCAGGCGGAGGAGGCUGCCGAGCACAACAGGGUGCUCAGUGACCUCACCCAUCUAGCUGCCCUGGCCUACAAGCGCCUGGCACCUGAAGAGGUGGCUGAGUGGCUGCAUCUGGAUGAUGACGGGGGCCUCCCUGAGGACCACAGGGGGGAAGGGGAUCCUGUCUGGCCUCCUGCACUGGGCCCUGCCGCCCCUCCAUCCCCAGCCAGCCUGCCCUCUAGCAUGGGGGGCGGGGAGGAGGAGGAGGAGGCUACUGAGCGUGGAAGGGUAUUGGUGGUGCCUACCGCGGGGGAGGCCAUCUGGGGGCUGGAGACAGCUCUGCGGUGGCUGGAGAGCCAGGAUCCCAGGAAGGUGGGGCCGCUCAGGCUGGUGCAGCUGCGCUCCCUCAUCACCAUGGCCCGGAGGCUGGGGGGCAUUGGCCCUUCCCCAGAAGUUCCUGAUGACGGAAUGUGACCACCCUGGCCCAGUGGCCUUUUUCCUGCUGCACUGGGAGGGAGAGGACACACACAAUCUGUCAUCUCCCUUCCUCUUCUCUCCCUGGGGUGGUCCACUCCAUGGUUUGGAAGGUUACAGGGGCCCAAGGUCAGCCCAACUUGGAGGAGCUCUGUUGGAGAAGGGUGUCUUGCCCCAUGGCCUGCAGUCUUCCGGGGGGAGAGCUGAAAGAGAGGCCCCUGGCUCCCACUCCUCCCUGGACAGGUGCACACAUGGGUUCCCCCAUGCACACUGGGCACACAGGCACAGCCCCCACCUAAAAGCAGUUCUGGCCCCUGUGGGGCUCGCAUCCAUACCCCUCAGCCUGUCAUGUGCACUGGACGUGGGCCCCAUUCCUGUUCCCAUCUGCAGCCCUGGUGCUACUGGUGCUAACUGUCCCAUCAUCUCAGUGGGGAGGCACGCCACUUAAAAAAAAAAAAAAACACAUUAAAUCUGUUUUAAAAGAUGCUUUUCAGAGAAAGCCAUGAGAUCAGAGGCAGAGUGGGGUGGUCUCUGGGCUGCUCUGCUGUUGCUGGAAACAGCAGGCACCAUGGUGCUGGAUAGGAGCCCAGCGCCAGCCCCAGGCCCAGGCUGGCCUGCUCACAAUGGAGUGGGAGGGGGAGGAUGGAGCCCAGUACUUGCUGAGGUUCUGGAUGCAGCGAGAAUGUAGAUUUAUGUUCUCAUUAACAAAAUUCCAUUCUGGACAGAUCUUUUAUUCCAUGGCUUGUCAAGUGUUUGGAUUUAGGCCUUGGCAGCUUAAAUGGCCAGAUAAGCUCCCCUGACUCAGCCAACAGACGACCACUUUGUCCGGCCCCAGCACUGGCAGCAAGCUAGGGACAAUCUGCAGUGCCUUAGUCACCUCUCUCGUGGGCUCUACCUGUCCCAGCCCCCCUCCCAACUUUUCCACCUCCUGGCACUGCCAAGAGUGUGGUGGCUAAGGAGCUGUUUUUGGGUGGCCCAGUUUGAAAAAGGAGGAAAGGGCUCAAAGUGAUUGUCCAGAUUUCAUACCACUCUGCUGCUCCAUCCUGUUCUAGAGUCAGAUUCCUGCUGGUGGUCUGGGUUCAAGAGAUGCCGGUGCUUCUUGGAAGGGAAUAGUUGCUGCCUUUGCAGAGAUGCUGCCCUGAGUCCUCAUGAGGAGUAGGAGGCAGAGUCAGAGGAGGCUGCCUGCCUCCCAGCGCCCUUCCAUUGUCCUCACCUGCAUGAGGUCCUAUUGGUCUGAGCCUUGAGAACACCGAUCGGGUGAGUGCAGGGGGCCUGCACACAUGUGUGCACGGAAGGGAAGGCUGGUUUGGCAGUGGGACAGCUGGAGAAAGCACCUCCCAAAAAUGAUUUCCACACAGCUUCAAGAGCACAGCUCCUUGGAACUACUCCCCCUAGUCAAAAAUUCACAUACAUGUUUUAUCUCCAAUCUGAGAGCUGAGUGAAGCUGUGGAGAAUUUGGAAGCAAGAGAAUUUAGGCUUGCCUCAGUGGAGGCUUAGGCAGCAGCCUCCAUCUGUGCCUGCUGGGGCCCAUCUGGCCACCUCCACAUCCAGCCUCCCCAAGCCCACAGAGUGAGAAAGCCUUGGGUAUUUGGAACUGGCUGAUGGUCUCCAGCACACCUAGCUAGAGCUGGACUUUAGGAAGUCUAGUGUAUUUAUGCCAGCAGCCUCCACUUCGGCCUGGCACACAGGCUAGUUGGAUCCCAGGGCUACAAGCACAGUAAGAGUUGCACAUUUGGGCCUUGGCACACAUGGAACCUGGGCAAGCCUCUGGCAGCUGCCCUUUGGCAUGGCUUAUCAGAGUUGCUCUUUCCAUGAAGUUUCCAUCUCUGACCUUUCUUCCUGGGCCCAGGUAGGCUGAAGUCAGCGGAGCUGGAUCAGGAGCAAGUCCUCAUCUGCCUUUCCAUCUGUCCUACCCUGAUCAUCUGGGUAUCCAAGACCCAAAAGGUGGCUGUGAACCCAUAUGGCCAUUCUGUAAACAAGGCAGGUGUGGGCUGGCAGGAUCUCAGGGAGCUCCUGUCGGGUGUGGGUGUGUAUCCUGGUAUUUGCUAGGCUGAGUAAACCCCAAGAGGGCUCAGAGUUUGGUUGAGAGUGUAACUCAGGCUAGAGUGCUUGCCUGGCUUCCCUGAGUUCAAUACCUAGCACCUCAAAAAAAAAAAAAAAAAAAAAAAAACCUGUCUUUGUGAGCCAGGGGCCUGCAGUGCUGCACAGAUGUUGCACAAGAACCUCAGCCGCAGAGGCUGCUGCUAGCUUGAAGCUACCCCACCUCUCUGCAUGUCUGUAAAGCAGUAGUGACAUCCCAAGGUUUCUGGGCCCCUGCUGGGUGACAGGAGCCUGUUAGGAGGGCCAGCUGCUCUUACUGCCCCUGGUCUUACACCUGGCCUGCCCCUCACUGCUGUUGCCCAUGGCAUUCAAGUUUGCCACUCCUGGCUUGGGAUAGCACUAGAGCCAGCAACGGGAUGGCUUCUCAGGCAGCCAUUGGCUACCUGCUGGAAUCCUAGAGCUCUUGCCCUGGAGAUUUUUUCCUGUUCCUCAUAAAGUGUGUGGGGAACCUCUGGGAAGUCUUUGUGACAGAUAGCGGCCUCCUGGGCUGGCUGCAGGAAGGGAAGACGUGGAGCACAGAUAUUUGAGUGUAGAUUCCAUUGAAACCACCACCAAGCUGCUGUUUUCAGAAGGAAGUUGGCUUACCCCCAGGGUCUGUGCAUUUGGAAAGUGGAGAUUAGCUAAGCUACCAUUGUAACAAAUUGGCACAAGAGGAGGGGAGCACCUCAAGCUGGGGCCUAGCCCUCUAAAACUUGAGCCCCUUAACUCUCUACCUAGCUGGGAUUGCCCAGGGGGAGCCCAGCUGGGGUCUGGCCCCGCUGAGUGUACCCAAGGGUGAGUCUUGACCCCAGUGGUUUGUCCUUGAGAAGAUUUGGGGCUUGGGCUCAUGCUGGGUUGAGAGGCCCUUCCUCAUGUUCAACCUUGCUGACAGCUGAGUCCACUUAGCCAGAUGGCCCAAUGGCACUUAGUAAUAAAGGUGGCACAUGUCAACUUCAUAAGUCUCCCUGUUUUAGUUUUAUUUUUGUAACUCAAUCUAAUGCUUCAAUCUAGAACACCCCCACAGACUGGGGGGCAUAAAA